GAUUAUGGGCAAUAAUGCUCUAUUGCCGUAAUGUACAUUGUACACAAAUACCCAGUUAGAAGUUACUAAUCGCUUUUUCAGUUAUUUUCUGUGUGCCUUAGUGCUUUGAGUCUUCCGUUGAAACUUGAAAAUACUCAUUAAGUGUUUUUCCGCAGUACAAAUUUAAACGUUUUGUGUUUGUGUAUUAUAAUUCUAUACUUGAACCUAUUCAAUAGUUAUUUUUUAAAUCAUUAUUAUUUAAUUUUAUUUAUACAUUGUAAUUCGUAUCUGACGUUUACAGAUAAAUUGCAUUCCAGUAUCUAUUCAUAUAAGACGUAAUUAAGGAUAUACAUAACAGAAUGGCUAAAGUACAACUGUCAAACGUCGUUGUCUUAGACAAUCCAUCUCCAUUUUUAAACCCUUUUCAAUUUGAACUGACGUUUGAGUGUAUUGAAGAUUUAAAUGAAGAUUUGGAAUGGAAAAUGAUUUAUGUUGGAUCUGCUGAAAGUGAAGAACACGAUCAAAUAUUAGAUACUAUUUAUGUUGGUCCUGUUCCUGAAGGAAGACAUAUGUUUGUUUUUGAGGCAAAUCCUCCCGAUGUUUCCAAAAUUCCUGUAGAAGAUGCUGUUGGUGUAACUGUUGUAUUAUUAACUUGUUGUUAUCGAAAUCAGGAAUUUGUUAGAGUUGGAUACUUCAUAAAUAAUGAAUAUACAGAUCCAGAGCUGCAAGAAAAUCCUCCAGCUACACCUCAAUUUGAUAAGAUGACAAGAAAUAUAUUGGGUACUGAACCUAGAGUAACGAGGUUUAAGAUUAAUUGGGACGACUCUGAACAACCUACCACUAGUAAUGGAAUACAAACUACCUGUCACGAAAAUGAAGAUUCAAAUCUACAAGAAAUGGAUGAAGAAGUGUCUUCUUUGUUAUCUUCCCAUGCAGACAACAGCCUUAGUCAAAGUCCAAUGGAAGUAUUGUAAAUUGACUGAACCAAUAUCUCAUCUAUUUUAAUAUCAAUAUUUUUUUCUAAGUAAUGAAUUUUAUAAGAAAAUAAAAUAAAAAAGUGUUAAUCGUGUAAUAAAUAUAAAAGCAAUUAAUUUAAAGUUGAAAUAAAAUAAAGACGUUUUUUAUUCAA